AUGAGGAAGUUGCCGUUGGUGGCGCUUCUCGUCGUUCUUUUCAUACCCGUUCAUGGUCUCCAGUGCUACUACUAUCGAAUACGAGCGGACGAUACACUUACAGCCGACAAUGUAGUGGAACGUAACUGUUCGUCGUCGGUUUCUUCCUGUGUCAAGAUCAUCUCCAGAAUCGAACUCUCUCAACAGGAACAGUCCGAGGCUCCCUCAACGAUUGAAGGACGUUGUGCAUUCACGAAAAACGAGUGCGAAAAUCGUGAAGAACAGUGUGCCUCAGUACCUCCGAUCGAUCGUUAUGGCGUUACCAUCCACGAUUACAAGUGCUGCUCCACUGCGAAUCUCUCCAACGGAAAACUAUUCAUCAACUCAAAUACUCUCAUAUUCGCCUUUGUAUGUGUCUCCCUUCUGAUCUUGGAGUCAUCAUCUUCAUCCCCUUCCUCAUCUUUUAUUCAUGCAUGA